AUGGAGGAACUUUUGGCCACGCACCGCAAAGAGCAAAAAGACCUUCAAGGGCGCAUCACUCAGAAAAAAAAGUCCGCCACCAAGAAGACCCGCAAAGGCGUCAAUGAUGAUUGCGAGCGGAUGCAGCGAGAGCUCACCGAGCGCCAGCGGGCGGAAAUUGCAGAGCUGAAUGGCGAUUCUACUGAGCCAGUCGAGGAAGCUCUUGAAGAUCUCAACCUGGAAGAUGGGACCCCAACCGAAGACAAAUCAGACGACGACAAGACUACUUCAACAACCCAAGCUCCGGAAAUCACUUCAACAGAGCCCUCCGAGGAACCUACCAAGAGAACCAAGAAACCCAACCGUCAAAAAGCUCGCCUUGCCCGCCGUGCCGCCGAACAAGCCGCCCAGUCCGCAGCUGCCGCUGAAGAAGCAGCCAACCAAACAAAUUACAGAGGAAACGAACAAGAAGUCAUGGACGCGGUAUUCAAGAAACUAAACCUGAGGGAGGUCGAAGUUACGCCCGAUGGACACUGUCUCUACUCCGCAAUCGCGAAGCAGCUCGACGACUGCGGAGUCGGUUUGCGGCCGGACCCAAGCCGAAUCGUGCUCCAACCGUCUACCCAAACGCGAAUCGACACCGUUGCCUCGCCACAACAUGAUGGAUACAGGGCUGUCCGCGCAGUGGCGGCGGACUUUAUUAGGGAGCAUAAGGAGGACUUUGAGGCGUUUAUGGAGGAGCCGGUCGAUGUUUAUACUCGGAAGAUUAAGCUCACUGCUGAGUGGGGUGGGCAGCUGGAGCUGCAGGCUAUUGCUCGAGCUUACGGGGUGGAUAUUAACGUGGUGCAGAAGGAUGGGCGGUUAGAGAAGAUUGAGUGUGGAGAUAUGGACAGCUUUAACGAGGAGGAACAACGGAGACGUGUGGUCUGGCUGGCAUAUUACCGGCACACCUACGGAUUGGGCGAGCACUACAACGCUCUGUUCAAGAAAGACUGA